CUUAAAGCAUAGAGACGCGGCGAGUUUGCUGCAAGAGCAGCAGUUAAUAAAAAAAAGACCUCCAAAAUCUAAGCCACCGCUUACACCAUGGGCUCCAAGCUCAGCCACGCUCUCUGGAUUAUCUGCUGCUGCAUUUCUGUACUCAGCACCAUUCUCACGCAUCUGACGCAGGCUGCAAGAGAAGUAGUUAUUUUGCUGGAUUCCAAAGCGCAGCAGACGGAGUUGGAGUGGAUUUCUUUUCCCGCUGACGGGUGGGAAGAGAUCAGUGGAGUAGACGAGAACUACAUCCCCAUCCGCACGUACCAGGUGUGCAGAGUAAUGGAACCUAAUCAGAACAAUUGGCUGCGGACUAACUGGAUUGCAAGAAGCAAUGCCCAGAGGAUAUUUGUAGAAAUGAAGUUUACCCUGAGGGAUUGUAACAGCAUUCCAGGAGUCUUGGGGACAUGCAAGGAGACAUUUAACCUGUAUUACUUUGAGAGCGACUCAGAUGCUGGCAGGAACAUUAAGGAGGUACAGUACCUCAAAAUAGAUACCAUUGCAGCAGAUGAAAGUUUUACUCAAGGAGACCUUGGAGAGCGUGUCAUGAAGCUCAACACAGAGGUGCGAGAAAUCGGGCCUCUGUCGAGAAAGGGAUUCUACUUGGCUUUUCAGGAUGUGGGAGCCUGCAUUGCCCUGGUGUCUGUACGUGUUUACUAUAAGAAGUGUUGGUCGAUCGUGGAAAAUUUGGCGAUUUUCCCAGACACGGUGACAGGAUCCGAAUUCUCAUCCCUGGUGGAGGUGCACGGCACUUGUGUCAGCGAUGCAGAAGAGGAAGCAGAAAACCCUCCCAAGAUGCACUGCAGUGCUGAGGGUGAGUGGUUGGUGCCCAUCGGCAAGUGUAUCUGCAAAGCCGGAUUUCAGCAGAAGGGGGAUGAUUGUGAUGCUUGUGGGUGGGGAUUCUAUAAAUCAUCGUCACAGGACCAUCAAUGUGCUCGCUGCCCAGCUCACAGUCACACAGACCGGGAAGGCUCCUCACGAUGUGAGUGUGAGGAUGGCUACUACAGAGCCCUUACUGACCCUCCCUCAGUACCUUGUACAAGACCUCCUUCUGCACCACAAAAUCUCAUUUAUAACAUAAACCAGACCACAGUGAAUCUCGAGUGGGGCCCGCCAGCAGAUACCGGAGGCCGAGACGAUGUCACCUACAGGAUAAUGUGCAAACGAUGCAGCUGGGAACAGGGCGAGUGCAUGCCCUGUGGCAGCAGCAUUGGCUUCAUGCCUCAGCAGACAGGACUGGCAGAUACAUAUGUGACUGUUGUAGACCUACUGGCCCACGCUAACUACACAUUCGAGGUUGAAGCCGUGAAUGGUGUCUCAGACCUGAGCCGCACCCAGAGGUUAUUUGCAGCCGUCAGCAUUACCACAAGUCAAGCAGCUCCCUCACAGGUUAGCGGUGUAAUGAAGGAUAGAGUGCAGCAGAGGACUGUCAAUCUCUCCUGGAAGGAACCAGAGCAUCCCAAUGGAGUCAUCACAGAAUACGAAAUCAAGUACUAUGAAAAGAAUCUAAAAGAUCGCACUUACUCCACAGUAAAAUCUACCUCAACAUCAACUACCAUUAAUAACCUGAAACCAGGCACAGCCUAUAUAUUCCAGAUCCGAGCCUUUACCACUGCUGGCUAUGGAAACUACAGCCCCAGGCUAGAAGUCUUAACCCUAGAGGAGAGUACAGCUACAGCUGCUUCCACUGAGCAGAAUCCUGUUAUUAUCAUCGCUGUGGUCGCUGUGGCAGGGACCAUCAUUCUGGUCUUCAUGGUGUUUGGCUUCAUUAUUGGACGAAGGUAUGGAACUAAGGAACAUGCCGAGCCGGGUCACACACUUGAGGGACACUGUGGCUACAGCAAAGCUGAACAGGAAGGGGAUGAGGAGCUCUAUUUCCACUUUAAAUUACCAGGUUCAAGAACAUACAUCGAUCCAGAAACUUACGAGGACCCUAACCGGGCCGUCCAUCAGUUUGCCAAGGAAUUAGAUGCUUCCUGCAUUAAGAUCGAAAGAGUGAUUGGAGCGGGUGAGUUUGGAGAGGUGUGCAGUGGUCGCCUGAAGCUGCCUGGAAAAAGGGAUGUACCAGUAGCGAUUAAAACAUUGAAAGUAGGUUUCACCGAAAAACAAAGGAGAGACUUCCUCUGUGAAGCAAGCAUCAUGGGACAGUUUGAUCACCCCAAUGUCGUUCACUUGGAAGGAGUCGUUACCAGGGGUAAACCAAUUAUGAUUGUAAUCGAAUACAUGGAGAAUGGAGCGCUGGAUGCAUUUCUCCGGAAACAUGAUGGCCAGUUCACGGUGAUUCAGCUAGUCGGAAUGCUGCGUGGGAUAGCAGCUGGGAUGAGAUAUCUCGCCGACAUGGGAUAUGUGCAUAGGGACCUGGCAGCUCGUAACAUUCUGGUCAAUAGCAAUCUUGUCUGCAAAGUUUCUGAUUUUGGCCUCUCAAGGAUUGUGGAAGAUGAUCCAGAGGCUGUCUACACCACAACAGGUGGUAAAAUUCCAGUACGGUGGACUGCUCCUGAAGCCAUACAGUACCGCAAGUUUACAUCAGCCAGUGAUGUGUGGAGCUAUGGAAUAGUAAUGUGGGAAGUCAUGUCCUAUGGAGAGCGACCUUACUGGGAUAUGUCCAAUCAAGAUGUUAUAAAGGCUAUUGAGGAGGGUUACCGUCUCCCUGCUCCCAUGGACUGUCCACCUGGUCUUCACCAACUGAUGCUCGACUGUUGGCAGCAGGAACGCAGUGAAAGACCCAAGUUUGAUCAGAUAGUUGGCAUCCUAGACAAAAUGAUCCGUAAUCCAAACAGUCUGAAGGUUCCUGUGGGUACCUGCAGUAGACCAAUCAAUCCGCUUCUAGAUCAGAAUACUCUGGACUUCACAUCCUUCCGUUGUGUAGGCGAUUGGCUUGAGGCCAUCAAGAUGGAGCGGUACAAGGACAACUUCACAGCUGCAGGGUACAGCACACUGGAAUCAGUGGCAAGGAUGACCAUUGAGGAUGUGAUGAGCUUGGGAAUCACAUUAGUUGGCCACCAGAAGAAAAUCAUGAGCAGCAUUCAGACUAUGAGAGCCCAGAUGCUGCACUUGCAUGGCACAGGGAUUCAAGUGUAACAGACCUUUUUCUCCCUAUGAGCAAGAGGGAACAGACUUUGGGGGAAAAGAUACCAUCUGCUGCUAGUACUGUCAGUACCAACAUUCUUCUAAAUUACUUCCCGAGAUGGAUCAGAGAUUCAGGGGAAGGUGUGCAACAAUGUUCCUCCAAGUCGUUGAAAGAACAGAGGUCCUUUAACAGCACGCAAUGAGAGUGGCUGGAACAUGCACAUUAUGAAGAAACUACCUGCAACGUUUAGAACUUUACACAGAAAAAAAAUACAAAAAAAACCCACAAAACUUUGAGAGUUCUAACCUUUUUUGUCUACUGGGCUUUUUAAAAAUGUACAUAUCAAUUUAUGUAGACUAUAUUUGUCAAAGACACUCACCAUAUUAUGGUUUAUCAAUUAAAUUGUUUUCAAGACUUGUGCUUGCUGAAUGGUGUUCGUUCAGCCAUCUUCUUCUUACUGACCUGCAAUAUUGGAAAGCUAUCGCUGCAACCCCAGUUCUUAAAUAUUCAUCCAUUCAUCUCUAUCUACCCCCUUAUGAUACCUACGUGAUGAUAUUGAAACUGAUAUGCCACUUAUAGGCAAUAGACAUUGUAGUUUAAAUUUAAUAAGCUUUCAUUUUUGGAACUUGGUGUUCUCAAGAAUUCCAUCCAUCGUUAAUGAGAGUAAGAUCAUUUACAGAGACUUUAGAAAGGAAUUUUCCAGUUUCUAAAACUUCCAUUGUCCUUUAAGAAUUUAUGCAGAAAAACCUAAACAUUUAGGGAGUUAUUAUGAAGAAAGGGUUAAGGUUCCUUGAAACAGAUCAUUAUUUUUUAAGUACUAUGUUGGCUUUUCAGACCUCGUAAAAUAGCAUGGCACCUUAGCAAAUACAGUGAUGACAGAAACAUUAAGAAAAACAAUAAAGUUAGGAGAGAAAAAAAGACUGCAAUCAGUGGUCAACUGAAUGGUAAAAGUUAUUACUUACCUAUGUAGUUUGACCUUAGACCAAACAAAAAUAUGAAAUAUAAAAUGGAAUAUGGCAGGAAAGAGAAUUGAGGUACUGUAGAUCAGAUAUUAGAUAAAGGUUUUCAAAUGAGCUGUGGUGAUCACAGAGCAUGGUAUAAAUAUGAGCCUAUCCAAAGGUUUAAGGCUUCAGUUUGUAGAUCCACUGAAGAAUUUAGAGAUGACUGAAGCAAUCAAACCUAUUAAACUCUGAUCAAAGUCUCUUUUCUGAGAGAGGUGGUUAAAUCCAGAAUGUUAUUGACACAACCCAAUCCAGUCUUCUCAUCACUUGGAUUUUUCGCAUCUGCAUUUCUACUCAACCAUAGCAGAACUGAUGGUUAACUGGUCUGCAAAGACUGACAGAAGAUUCCAAAGAGUGGAGCUGUUUGCUUUUGACCGUGUCAUGAGAGAUCCCACAUAUCAGAUCAGAAUUCCAUUCUUAUGUCCUGACUAUGUGGGAUGCGACUGCUUCUAUGUAAAAGUUGUAAUUUAUUUAUACUGUCUUUUUUGUUACGCAGGUCUGUCUGUAGUGAACUCAGUACACACUGAAAAUGCACUAUAUUUUUCUAUUUCACUGACAGAGAAUCACAGACAACUCAUUUAUUUUCAGUUGUACAUAAUAUUAACUAAUAUUAAUAAAAAAAAAUCACAUUUAGGACCAAAGAAGGUUGUAGUUUAGCAAACAUCAAAAAUAUCUGAAGAGAUGCCAUUUUUCUGACUUUUUUCCAGAUCAUGUAUAGUGUUUUUAUAAUUGCUUUCCUUAUUUUGUGUUUAUAUAGUCUAUUAUUUAUUUCUGUUUGGUUUAGAGACAGUGACCCUGAAAUUGCAGAGGGUUUACUAGUGUCUUGAAGGAACUCCAACAGAAGACCAGGGGAUUCCCAGGAAAAUGGCAGAGAUAGAUAAGCAUUUUUACCAUUUCCUUUUGAGUAUACACCAGUAUCCUGAAGUUACAGUAGAUAUGGUGGAACUUCCACAAAACAUCAAGAGACCAGUAUAAUUUCAAAGUGUUUCUUUUUAUCACAAGAAUACAAUGAAUUCUGUUGAGUUGGAAUCAAUAUAAAUAUUUCAUUAGAAGUUUCGUGAUUAAUCUGAUGGUCUUAUUUUUCAAUUGUUUGUAAAAGACUGUAAAUAUAUUUUU